CCGUACGAAAAAGAGGAGGGAGAAGACAAGGAGGAAACAAGAAACAACAUAGAAACGAUUUAUUGGAUCAUUUCUAAACGUUUCUUUGUGGGUGUUUGGCAUUCUAAGAAUGACGAGAAAGACGUGAUUUUUUUCUGUUGGAGUUAGUGAAAUCUGUUUUCGAGUGCAUUGUGGAUAGGCUGGAUGUUGAGUGGGGCGUCGUAAGAAGGGACAUUUGAUUUACCAUCGUGUUUUACAUUGAUAUGCAAUUGUUAUAUAUCAGAACAGCAUAGGACAGUGUAUAGAGAAGCUCUGAACAACUAAAAACUCUGGGUUGCUACGCAAAACAACGGAAUGUCGCUCUGUAAGCAGUGUCAGAACUGAAAAGAUUCCCAUAGCUGUUCAAAGUAUUUUUCCGGAGACAUCGGUUUUGGACAGCAUGCUUGCACAAUAGGUUCAAAAGUGAAAUUUGGUAGGCUUUAAUACACAAGAAAAUAAGAGAUUGGGGCACAUAUUAUUAUUAUACUGUUCAACACCGUUUGGAUAUGCAAAACCAACUUUGAGAAUGAAGAAAAGGAAAUGUGUGUUCCCGGUAGUUCACAUUGGUCUGUCUGUUUAGAAGGGAAUUUACGCAUUACAUCAACUUUUUUCAAAUUUUGUCGUCAAUUUAUACAUGUUUUUGGUCAGAAACUCACGUCACUUAUCCAAAAGACUGAGCUGGACAUAUUCUGACUAUUCUGCACUGAACAUAGUCUAUUUGAACAGAGCUGGACAAAUUGUGAGCUGGAGCAGAUAAUAGAAACUUAAUCGGAAAACUAAAGUGGAACAUUAUUUGACCGUAUUUAUAAAGUUAUCAGUUUCACUAUUACGUGGAGAAAAAAUACAACUAAUAACAUUUUCAUUAAGAUUUGGAUUUCAACACUGGUGGAAGUAUUGCUUCCAUUGCGCGCUGGAAACAGCUGAAUUUUGCACACUGAGGCGGCUGUCGAAUUUGGUUGUGGAACUCUCCCCCCAAGCUGACAUGGAGGAGUGGAGGCAAUGCGGGCGGUGGUUGAUAGACUGCAAGGUUUUGCCCCCAAACCACCGGGUCGUGUGGCCUUCUGCAGCUGUGUUCGACUUGGCACAGGCGCUACGAGACGGAGUGCUCUUGUGCCAGAUGUUGCACAACCUGUCACCGGGGUCUGUGGACCUAAAGGAGAUCAACUUCAGACCCCAGAUGUCCCAGUUUCUCUGUCUGAAGAACAUCCGGACGUUCCUCAAGGUGUGCCACGACAAGUUUGGCCUGCGUAACAGUGAGCUGUUUGACCCCUUUGACCUGUUCGAUGUCAGGGAUUUCGGCAAGGUGAUCUCAGCCCUGUCCAGGAUCUCCCACCACAGCAUUGUGCAGAUCAAAGGCGUGAGGCCUUUUCCUUCGGAGGACACUGCUCUGAAUGAGGAUGACGUGUACCGGAGUCUUGAGGAGCUGGCAGAUGAGCAUGACGUGGGGGAGGAUGACAUCUACGACUGUGUUCCCUGUGAGGAUGACGGAGAUGACAUCUACGAGGACAUCAUCAAGGUGGAAGUACGACAACCCAUGAAAAUGGGCAUGACAGAAGACGACAAGAGAAACUGCUGCUUAGUGGAGAUCCAGGAGACUGAGGCCAAGUACUACAAGACGCUGGAGGACAUUGAGAAGAAUUAUAUGAUUCCCCUGAAGCAAGUUCUAAGUCCACAAGACAUGGGGGCCAUCUUUGUAAAUCUGGAGGAUGUGAUUAAGGUCCACUUUGCUCUGCUGAGGGCCAUCGACCUCAACAUGGUGAGCGGAGGCAACGGUCUGGGGAAGAUCUUCAUAGACUUCAAGGAAAGGUUGCUGAUCUAUGGCCAGUACUGCAGCCACAUGGAAACCGCUCAGAAGACACUGGAUGAGCUCAUCACCACGCGGGAGGACGUCAAGAUGAAAGUAGAGGAGUGCACUAUGAAGGUGCAGGAGGGGAAGUUCAAGCUCCAGGACCUGUUGGUCGUACCCAUGCAGAGAGUACUAAAGUACCACCUCCUACUCAAGGAGCUGGUGAGUCAUUCAACUGACCGACCUGAUGGACAGCAGCUGAAGGAGGCGUUGGAGGCCAUGCAGGACUUGGCUAUGUACAUCAAUGAAGUGAAGAGAGACAACGAGACCUUGAAGAAGAUUAGUGAAUUCCAGAACUCCAUCGAGAACCUUCAGCAGGUCAAACUGGAGGAGUAUGGCAGACCAAAGAUAGAUGGAGAGCUCAAGGUGUCCUCCAUAGUCAACCGAACAAAGCAGGACCGGUACAUAUUCCUGUUUGAUAAAGUGGUCAUUGUGUGCAAGCGGAAAGGCUACUGCUAUGAACUGAAAGAGAUCAUUGAGCUGCAGUCAUACAAAAUGUCUGACGACCCCAUGAACAACAGGGACGUGAAGAAGUCCAGUGGAAAAAUGUGGUCCUAUGGCUUCUACCUGAUCCACCUGCAAGGCAAGCAGGGCUUUCAGUUCUUCUGUAAAACAGAGGACACCAAGAGGAAAUGGAUGGAGCAGUUUGAGAUGGCCAUGUCAAACAUCAAGCCGGAGAAAGCCACGGCCAAUCAGCACAACUUCCAGAUGCACACGUUUGAGAAGAACACCAACUGCCGAGCUUGCAAGAUGCUGCUGAGGGGGAUCUUCUACCAGGGGUACUACUGUUCCCGCUGUGGGACUGGAGCUCAUAAAGAGUGUCUAGAGUGCAUCACCAUCUGCAAAAUCAAUCCACUCGACACGGACCUUGGACUACCGUCAUCAGGCCCUAAGAUGGUAGCAGUAAGGAACUAUCAUGGGACGCCUGUUCCUCCGGGGAAGACUCCACUCUCCUUCCAGACAGGGGACUUCAUCGAGCUGCUGAAGGGGGAACCUGACACCACCUGGUGGGAGGGAAAGAUUAUCCAAACCCAGAAGAGUGGCUUCUUUCCUAACAACUGUGUAAAGCCUUGUUUGGACCCCAAGCCUUUGUUCCAGUCCUUCCCCAGCCGGCAGCCCUCAAGGGAAACAGACUACUAUGGAUACCCCUGGUUUGCUGGCAACAUGGAGCGGACACAGGCUGACAACCUGUUGAAGUCCCACAGCAGUGGAACAUACCUGAUCAGAGAGAGGACUGCUGAGGCAGAGAGGUUCGCCAUCAGCAUCAAGUUCAAUGAGGAAGUGAAGCACAUUAAAGUCAUUGAGAAAGACAGCUGGAUCCACAUCACUGAGGCUAAGAAGUUUGAGAGUCUACUGGAGUUGGUGGAGUACUAUCAGUCUCAUUCGCUGAAGGAGAGUUUCAAGCUGCUAGACACGACUUUACGAUAUCCCUACAAAUCUAAAGAACGGGGGCCGGCGUCGCGGGCCAGCACCCGCUCUCCAGGUGAGCCCAUCCCUGUAUUCACGCCGAGGGUGGUCAGCACAGCGGUGGCCAGGUACAACUUUGCAGCACGGGACAUGAGAGAGCUGUCUCUCAGAGAAGGGGACAUCGUCAAGAUCUACAGCAAGAUUGGAGGAGACCAGGGGUGGUGGAAGGGAGAGGCCAAUGACAGGAUUGGCUGGUUUCCCUCAACGUACGUUGACGAAGAAGGAGUUCAGUGAGGCUCUGAUGUCACCACGGCCCCAGUCCAAUCACAUCACACCUCGCUCCACAGUCCUCAGAGAGGACUAGUUGGUUUCCAGGGAAACACCAUGUGGAAUACUUUUUGCUGGAUACUGAUUUUGCAGUGAACAACGUUUCUACUCCGGUUUUCUUCCUACUUGUACGCAUCGGCUUUGCUUAUGUUGUUUCUUUGUAAGAUCUUGUCCUGUUUGAUCUCUGUGAGGAAGUCUGUCUGCCUCUUGUUGUUCUGAAGAGGCUGACAUGGACUGUGAAAAAUUGUAGAGAGGCCCAACACACAGUACAUACAGAUACUGGGAACCUAUAGUUUUAUUACAUAGAUAGACUCCUCCUUUGUUGCAGGUCUAUGGGAGGGGCUAAUAUAAUGUAUAGAUAAUUUAUUUAACAGAGAUCCUAACAAUUAUUGUGUGUUGUUGAGAUUAGCAACACAGCAGACAAAAAGAGAAAGAACAAGACACAGGUUUGUGUCUUUUUGCUGGAAGAUUUUGCCUUAGUUGUCAUGGCGAUGCCUUGAAGGCUUACAGGAGAGAUGGAAGGAGAAAUGGCCUUGCACACACACACACACACACACACACACACACAUACAUACACUCACACUUGCCCUUGCCUUUGAAGUGUGGUCAAUGCUCACAGGAUUCGCCAGCUUUCAGUCGAGCUCUACCCAUCCAUCCUCUACUACAGAGUGGACUAUUGAUGGAGAAGAAGAGAGAAGGGGGCGAUGGACCAUUUGGGAUUGCUCCAGUCGUCAACACUCUAUGUGACUGGUGCAAGAAGGGAGUUAGUUCAUUCAUUCGUCCCCCUCGCCGACUGAAGAUAGACAGUGGCCCUCAGAAACAUUGCACUGGAGUCGGGGAAUUAACGGUUCCUGUCGCAGCCAAAAAACACAGCGACCCACUGAAAGGUGUAAUGUUAGGUAGAAUGGGUGUACAGAUAGAAGGUUCACAUCAGUCUCAGCACUUUACGUCUGUGGGAUCUCCUCACAAUCAACAGGAUGCAAAAAGGGAAACUUUAAGUCAGUCACUGAAAAUCUAUCUUGGUGUGCAAUGUUUUUGUUGUUUUUAUUUUGUUUUAUUUUGAACGAGACCACAUUUACCUGCUGGAAACUGGACCAACCUGAAUUAUUUUCAAGCCAAAUGCAACCUCUUUUUAUUAAUGUCCGCAUGAACUUUAACCUAGAUAUUUGUAUUAUCAGUUUGUUUGUACCUUGCCUUAUUUUACAAAUGGACACAUGGUACUGGGACUUUAGCAAGUUUACAAUUUAAAUCAAAUGUUGUUGCUUUGGUGACUGGCGAAGUAAUAUGGCAGCUCCAUGAAUUACGCAGAAUCAAAAAGUCAACAUCAUACUAUGAUGAUCUACCUGAACAUAAUAUGAAGGUGUCACAAUAUGGACAUAUUGUAUACAGUCAUACAUUUUCUAGCUCCAAGGGAAAACAGUGCAGCUACACUGGAUCAUUGACUGAAUGACCACAUCCAUUUAAUUAGAAGAUAGAGAUACAGAUGGCUGCCAUAUUCCCUGGUCCCAUCCCAGGUCAGUUGCCAAGUAGGCUACCCACAAUAAUCUACUGACCAGAAGGAUUCAAACAAUGAUGUUGGCUGACUAACUAAGACUGAUGUGGUGGAAGAGGAAAGAGUUUCUGACCAUAUGUGACUGUGUGCAUUCCAAAGGCCCACUACUCCCAAAUACAACUCCUGCCAUCUAGGAUUGAAGGAGUUCAUUUUGAGGGGAGUACUUGUUAGCUAGGGGGGAGGGGGGGGUGGGGUUACUUAGUCACUGUUUGUGUAGUGGAGAAACACCAUUGCAUGUGGUAAUAGAUAUUUCAUCUCCUGUCAGUACAUCUUCAAAAAAUUACUUAAUCGUGUGCAUUUUUUGGAACGGUCGAGUAUUUCCAAAAUGAGGUCUAUCAUGAAAUAAAUAUUUCUCUUUCUGCCUAAA